AUGAAGCUUUUUGGAUUUCUCCUCCAGAGCCAACUUUUGAACGCCCAAAACAGCGCCGACGAGUUCGAUUUGUCGCUGGAUCCGUUCAGCCCGACAUAUGUCAAGGACGUGCUGAGCUUCUUGGACCUGUUCGGCCCUGCUGUGCGCGAAGACGAGGAACUUGCCAAAGUGUUGCCGAACUUUCAAAAGCAAAAAACCACCCGCGGUAAUGAGCUCGACAGUGACCCGACGCGCGGCCUUCGCCAACUCAAGCUCAUGGUCGUUGCGAUGAUGGACCCGGCGAUUUCUCUGGGUUCUACUGGAACGGGAUUUGGAAGAUAUUGCUACUACGGUUGUCACUGUCUACCAGAUGCAGAUCAUAGCGAAUUUAAAGUUUUCGGAAAGCCAGUCGACAAUAUUGACAGAACUUGCCGCGACUUUGGAACUUGCUAUCAUUGUCUUAAGCUCAAACACCCCAAGUGCAUUCCCGAAAGGACGGCUUACAGGUUCCGCCUGAAGAAGAACAAAAGACUGGGCACGCGUAGCAUUGAUUGUCAACGCAACAAGGAAGGAAGUUGUGAGCGGGACACGUGCGAGUGCGACAAGUUCUUUGCCGAGACCGUCGCGCUCCAUGAGCGUGAAUGGAACCAGAGCUAUCACAUCUUCCGCGGCGGUUUCGACCGGGAUGUAGGAUGCCGUGCUGCUCCCGCGCCAGCUAUUCAAGCUGGAAGCUUCCAGCACCAAGAAGUCGCCACAGUUUUGGAAGAAGGGGGAGAGCCCAUCAAGGUCCAAUUCAACGGCGGAAACGGUGGUCUUGGGGGCCUUCCAGAGCCGAUCUUCAAUCAAGUGCGUCCGCGGCCGCUUCCUAGCGGGGCUAUCUUGGCCGAGCUGGUUGAUGAUUCCGAACCUGCGACCUGCUGCGGGAUGGAGACUUUUCCGUACGUCUCGAUCAAGAAGCCCGGGCAGGCGUGCUGCCGCUCCGAGUCCUACAACCCCUUUCUCAAAAAGUGCUGCAUGGGCAAGCUCUACGACUCCAACGAAGUCUGCUAG